AAACACACAAUUCAAAUGUCAAAACAAAUGAAUGUCAAAAAAUCCUUUCACAUAUUUUUUGUUUAUAAAUAUUAAAUGAUUAAAAAUUAAAGCACAAAAAUGUUUGAAAUUUGGCAAAGUUGGUGCAGAUUGUGCGCUCAUAGGAAUUCCACUGAAGGAGAUGCAGUUUAUAAAAUAGAUUCCAUUAGAGAUCAUUUGGAUGUUAUUAAUAAAUAUUUCGUGAUUUCGCUAUCUCCACUUGAAGAGGAGUCAUCUAUUUGCGAGGAAUGUUGUGGUUUUCUCACUAAAUUGCAUCAUUUUGGUGACCAAUGCUCUAAGACGGAUCAAAUGUUUAAAGAAUUGAUUCAACAAAAAAAUCUAUCUGAAACAGAACUUCAAUCUAUUCGCGUCAAAUAUGGCGUCGAUACUGCAGAAAUUAAAUAUAGCACAUUGCUGUCUUGCGUUGAAACCGGGGAGGAGUCUAAACAAGAGAACACGUCAGAACCCUCAGAAUCUUUGGAUCAGCCUCUGAAUCGUUUAGAGUCAGAUUACAGUGAAUCCGUAAAAGAAGAAGCCUUAGACAUCAAAGCGGUUGCAGCACCUCGAAAGCGUGGUCGCCCUAGAAAAAAUGCAUCCGAAGUAAUACCAAUAAGAGCACCCCAAAAAUUACGAGAAAGAAAGAAUGACAAGAAGGAAUUUAAGGAGAUUUUGAGGAAAUCAAACAGGAUUUUGUACAAUGAAGAAAAGAAAGAAGAAUCACAAAGUUCACUCUGUAAGAAAAAUGAAGUUGAUCAGAGAGACGAAGAAGAUUCAGAUUAUGUGGCGGAAGAAGCACAAAUGCAUUCAGAGGAUGAAGAUGAAGUAGAUGAGCCUAAAGCUAAAAAGCAACACCGUUCAAAGAGACCGCCGAAGACGAAAUUUAAUAUUUGUGAAAUUUGCUCGAAAGUCUACAGCAGGCGAGCCUUACUAAAUGUCCACAUUCGUGAUAAGCACACGGAGGAGGGUUUGCCGUAUGCAUGCUCCCAGUGUCCCAAGCGAUUCGUUACAGAGAAGAAACUAAAGGUCCACGAAACAAUUCAUCUGCCCGAGGAAGAAAAAUAUAUCCAUCCGUGUUCCUUUUGUGGGAAAAAGUUUAGAACUGUUGAGAAUUUGCAGGCUCACGUUCGUGCGAUGCACGUUCGCGAUAAGCCGUACGUUUGUGAAGAGUGUGGUAAGUCUUUUCGCAAGAGGGGUGCACUUACAUACCAUCAGAUGAGUCACAGUGACGAGCGAUCUUUCCAAUGCUCAUACUGUCCGAAGAAAUUUAAGAAUAGACCGUCACUUAAGCGACAUCUCGACAUUCACAAUGAUCAGAUGUACGAGUGUCCACACUGUGAUCUCAAACUCAAAACCAAAAUCACCCUCAGGAUGCAUAUGUUGGUACAUUCAGACAUUAAGAAAUAUAAAUGCCACUACUGCGGGAAUGAAUAUAAACGCGCCAAAACAUUCAAGGAUCACCUGUUCCUGCACACGGGACAAAGGCCAUACGAGUGUCCAUUUUGUGAUAAAACCUUUGCAAGUGGAGCUAAUUGUCGGAGUCACAAAAAGAAGGCUCAUCCAGCGGAAUUGGCGGCUCUUGAAGCAUCUGGAAUUCAGUCUACAUCCAGGAAUAUUCCAACACUUGAGCAUUUACAGUCAAAACAACCGCCAUCUGAAUCUCACUUUUCAAUGGAACAAAACUUUAAAAAUGAAAAGGAUUAGAAAGUGUAUCAUUUGAAAAGUCAUCAGUAAUAAAGUCCAGAUCAUAAGUA